GUGAAGAGUUUUUUAAAAUUAAAAAACCAUCCUUCAAUGAAGUAACCUUUAGAGUGCGAAAGGAAAGCCUGCUCCCUGCCCAGGCAGAAACUGGAGAAAGCAAAAAAAUCAGUCCAUUGGAGCCUGGAACUGGAAACAUCAAAAGCCCUUGUGAAGAAAGGGAGGAGGAGGAUGAUGAUGAAAGUAAUUCUUCACUAAGUGAGGAUUACAACAGCUUAGGCUCUGAAAAUGAGUCCAGCUCUCCACAGAGGAGGAAGGAUCUAUCACCAGGUCAUAUCCCCAGCGCAGCUUGUAUUGAGGCUGCUCGAAGGAAACGUCACAUAGCCAGGACACAGGCUGAUUAUCUUCCACUGGAUGUUUCCAACAAUCAUGAGGUCUCUCAGAGAAGGGAAAGCAGUGAUUUAGAGAGUGAAGAUGAGUCUGAUACAGAGAAUCUUGAUUUUGUUCCUAAAAUGAAAACUCUUAGGCAGAGGAUGAUGGAGCACAUGGUGUCUGAGGGUGAUGAAUCAAGUGAAGAUGAAGCACUAAUUAAGUGGGAAGAACAGCAAAUAAAGAAAGCCAUUAAACUCUCUCAGGAAACUUACGAUGAUACUUCCCUGCAUGAAUUGCAGUCAGCUAAACCAAAGUUUGAUCCCUCUGUUUCUCUACCGCCUGUGAACUUGGAAAUUGUGAAGAAGCGACUGACUGAAAGGAUAGCAUCGUUACAGGAUGUGCACCGUGCCCACCAGAGGGAGUAUGAGAAAUACAAAGAGGACAUUGAGAGUUCAAAGACGACUGUCCAGGCGUUAGAGAAGUCUUCAGAUGCAGCUCUGAAUUACAAAUUCUACAGGUCCAUGAAAACAUAUGUGGAAAACUUGAUAGACUGUUUGAAUGAAAAACUGAAAUACAUUAAUGAGCUAGAACUGGCUGUACAUCUACUUCUGCAGCAACGAGCCAUGAGAGUAUUGAAACGAAGACAAAAUGUGCUGAAAGAUGAAUCUGCUUAUAUUCAGCAUCUGACAAGUGAGAAUGACAAACCCAGUAAUGAUGGAUUAAAAGGUCAUAAGAAGACACACCUUCUGGAAAUGUGUGAGCAUCGAAGGACUUGCAGACGGCAAGCGAGAGAGUGUUCAGGAGAAGUUGAUCACCAUGAAGGCACAUCGAGUGAUGAUGAGCUGACUCCAGCUGAGAUUAAUGAGUUCCAGAAGAGCAAAGAUAACGUUUUAGAGGAUAGUAGGAAAGUCUUUGAAGAUGUACAUGCAGAUUUUUGUGACAUCAGAAAAAUCCUGUUGAAAUUCCAGGAAUGGAAAGAGAAGCUUCCUGACUCUUACUGUGAUGCUUACAUCAGUUUCUGUCUGCCUAAGCUAUUAAAUCCAUUGAUCAGAAUUCAGUUAAUGAAUUGGAAUCCUCUUGAGAAUUUUACGGAGUUGGAAGAGAUGCCUUGGUUCAAAGCUAUAGAAGAAUUCAGUGAUGCCAAAACCAUAUCUGAAUCAAAAAGGGAUGAUGAUCCUGAUCAAGAAGUCUUGCCUAGAGUGAUUGAAAAAACUAUUCUUCCGAAAAUUGCAGCAUUUGUGAAGAGUGUGUGGGAUCCUUCAUCUACUUCACAGACAAAGAAUCUUGUACAGCUUUGCAAGAACAUCUUUUCAAAACAAGUAAAUAAAUGCAGCCAAGCAAAAGAGGAUUUGAUGAACCUGGUUGUCCUAAGAAUGAAGAAAUCUAUAGAGGAAGAUGUUUUUAUUCCUCUGUAUCCUAAAAGCACCUUGGAAGACAAGUCAUCACCACAUUCAAAGUUUCAAGACAGGCGUUUUUGGUCAGCUGUUAAGCUGUUCUCCAAUGUUCUGCUUUGGGAUGGGAUUGUACAGGAAGAUACAGUCCGUGAUUUGGGACUGAGCAAGUUGCUGAAUCGUUACCUUCUUCUGAACCUCUUAAACACACCACCAGGGCCGGAUAAUACAGUAAAGUGUCGUAAGGUAGUUGCGUGUCUCCCAGAAAGAUGGUUCCAAGAUCUUGAAAGUGGAUCAACCCUCCCUGAAUUACGGAACUUCUGUCAGUACUUGCUGCAGUGUGCCCAUACGCUGCACAAGAAUAACCACAG